ACUUUUUUCAAUUCUUCGCAUAUUCUUUUCAGUGUAAAGUUUGUAUCUUUAUUAAUCAAUUGGAAAAAUCUCAGUUGUGUUUUCAUGAUUUAUGGUGAUAGUUAGAGGGUAAUUUUUAAUUGGAUGAUUAAAUUAUGAAAUAACUUGUGUAAAUUUGUCAAUUAGACCCAAAAAUAGUUGAAUUUUCAAUACAGAUUUGGUUUUUAAUUAUGGGUCCGAUUUGUAAUAUAAAAUAUUACUUAUGUAUCCCUGCUGCUUGUUAAUUCAAAAGAAAAUACCGAUGUUGACAGUGAGCACAAAAAAGAAGUCAUUGAGGGAUUUCCAAAUAGGGAACAUAAGAAAGAAUUCACAAAGGAAAGUUCUCCGGAUGAACCAUAGAAUGAAUCAAAUGAUCAAGAAAAUAGUCAGAGACCUUCUUUGUCAGAUUCUGUAAUUCCCAGUGAAGGUGGAAGUCUUAAAAAGCAUUCUAUCAGAAUCUUUCUUUGUGACCAAAACAUAGAUGAAGGUCUAAAGAGGGUAUCUGAUUCAGUUAAUGAACUUGAUUUAGUAUAUGUUUAUGACAUGUUAAACAAUGGAAAUACUGAAACCUUUACCAUACAAUGUCAAAGAUAGACAUGAUAUCCCCCUACUAAACAUGGAUCAAAACUAUCCUAAUAUAGUGAUAUUGUAAUGUGUGAUAGCUUACUGGCUAUUCAUGAACCGGUUGUGCGUAUGAAUUGAAACCCCUCAUCUUUUCGUUGUCCCUAGUUAUGGUCAUGCCUUAGUGGAGUGGCCAGGUUCUAAAACAAUCAUUCAAUAGGAAGCUAGCUGGAGGUUCAGGUUUAAUAUAGUAGGAAUUAUCUACUUAUUGUCAAUAUGAUGUUUUUUCCUUCUUUGUUAAUUGAUGAAUUUACUGCACUCAAACUUCUGAAACAGUCUGUCUGAACUAUAUGAGGUAGUGGUAAAGUCUACAUGCACUCUACCCUCUCUAGACCUCAGUUGUGGGACAUCACUGGGUAUUUUGUUAUUGUUGUUUAGGCACAAGAUGUCCACAUUUGCCUAAAGAUCAGAAGAUAAAAAGGUGUAGCUUCAUAUGUUAGUUGUAUAAGCAAUUUCCUAUUAUGAAGGAGGAUUAUUGUAAAGUUAAUAGAUAUAUUUCAGGUUUUUGAGUGAUUAGAAAUAAUUUCUCCCUUUGUGUUUUUAACUUCUUGAAAAGAGAGUUCACUUGGUAUGUUAGACCCAAAUUUCAGCUCUUGUUCAUUAAUAUAAUCAUUUAGUGAGAUGACAUGUUAGUAUUUUUUCCUCAGGCGAAAGCUCAUGAAUUUGUGAAGUUGAUGAGUGAGAACGGGCAUUUGAAGUCUGCUACUAUGGACUUGCAAGUUCUUUUUAAAUCAGUAGUAUCACACCUUCUAACAGACCCACCAGCUACCCUUAUGCAGUAUACCAGUGUUCCAUCAGGGGAAGAUAUUGAUAAUUUAUAUGUUGCAUAUGUUGGUCAGACUGUUAUCAUUAUAGAUUUUUACCUCCCGUGGAAGCUGCUUAAUCAUGAGUGCUUAAAGUGGCCCUCCGAUCUAAGUUUAUUGGUGGCUUGUUGUUGUUAUGUUGUUGGCACAUGGUGAUAAAGAAUAUAAAAUUUGAAGAACCUGUACGUGAGGAAAGUGCUGAGCAAGUUGUACAAGGAUCUUAUGUACAUCUAUAGAUCAUUUUCUCUCUUUUAGGAAGUCAUAAAAAUAAUGUUAACCCAUGUGGAUUGGCAUAGCUCAUUGUAUCAACAAAGAAAUUUUAUAUAAAUAUUAUUUCUUUAAUUUA